GACCGGUUGCCAUGACAACGGCUGCGCGCGGCUGCGCUGGUCCGGUCGAUGGGCCGUGCCGCCGUCGCCGCCGGCGGAGCCGUAUCGGUGGUGUCUGGCGGUCAGCGAUGUGUGCCGGCCGCCGCGCUGACCUCUGUGACCCACUGUGACCGGCCGGCGGCACCGUGUUGACCCGGUCACGCUCAGCCGAGGCCCUGGUCGGCGGCGCCAUGGGCACGGUGCUCUCGUUCAGCCCGCACGAGCGGCGCGCCGGCCCGCUCACCAACGCCAACUAUAGCGCCAUGUACCCGCCGGCGGCCACACUGCCCCGGCUCAGCAACGAGAACGCCAACCUGCCGCCGCCCGAGCCGCCCGAGCCGCCUGAGCGCUCCCUCAGCAAGCACUCCAACUUCCUGCAGGCGCUGAGCUGGCGACGGCUGUCCACCGCCGGCCGAAAACGCCUGGACAACAACAGCAACCCGCGCCCCGCACGCACACCGCUCGACGCCAUCCACCCGUGCGUCGACAAUAACCGAAACAUCCAGACCACACUCUCGUGUUUCAGUCUGAAGACGGCGGCGGCGGCGGCGCACCUGGACCGGGUAACCACGGCGCCGGGCGGUGGCCGGCCCGAGCCGCCGCCGCGCCCCCUGCAGGCGCCCUCCACGCCCGGCGGCCGCACCGUCAUCCAGGCGUCCACCUCUGAGCUGCUCCGCUGCCUGGGCCUGUUCCUGCAGCGGCGCUGCCCGGCGCUGGCCGACUUCCAACCAGGAGACGCCAUCAUGUGGCUGCGCGCCGUCGAUAGGAACCUGCUCCUGCAGGGCUGGCAGGACAUCGCGUUCAUCAACCCUGCCAACGUGGUGUUUGUGUACCUGCUGCUGCGCGAGACGGUGUCGACCGAGGUGGGCAGCCAGCGCGAGCUGCACGCCGUCGUGCUCACCUGCCUCUACCUCUCCUACUCCUACAUGGGCAAUGAGAUAUCGUACCCGCUGAAGCCGUUUCUGGUGGACGGCAAACGCGAGCGUUUCUGGGACCGGUGUGUGGACAUGAUCGGCCGGCUGAGCGGGCCCAUGCUGCGGAUCAACGCCGACCCGAGGUUCUUCACGGACGUGUUCACAGAACUGAAGGCGGUCGGCGGCGCCGUCUGAGAUAGAUAGCGGCGCUAGCCGGGGGACGGGCGGACACCCAUAUCGGUUGUGACAACUGGUGAUGUUGGACGUUAUACGGUGAUGUUGGUGCGGUGUGGUGAGUUUGGAUGGCCGGCGAGUGGUGAGUUUAUGGAGUUGGGGAGUGUUGGUGACGUCUGCUGAGGGAGCGCACAGGUGCCAGACCUGUCUUCCCGGAGUCAUACCCCACGGUGCGGACUGCUGCACCCUCAUACACAGAGUCCACUUUGUGGAAAAUAUCAGAUGAAACUGACCCUAAACAAUGCAGUGAACUGUGUUGGAUUUUCGUUCCCUUGGCAUUGUCGUAAAGUAUGUUUGGCGUGUUGUUCGGGACUUGACAGACUGAUGUAGCUGAACAUAAGGUUGUGGAAUGCCACCUUAUCUAUACUCGCGAUUUACAGCGUCGCCCGUGGGCUCCCGCUUGCCGACGGCGGACGUUCUCAUCUUACGGCAGCUCCUCUGCAGCUGGCCAGUUCGAACAACUAACUACAGAGCCGGGUCCCCCUUCAGCCGGCCACAGAACCGGGCUCCCUGGCCCUCCACUGCCGCCCCGCGCGUGAUCGGGCUGACGACCCCACCGCUGUCAUAAGAGGAUCGGCCGCCCGCGCUGCGAACCGUGGAACAGUAGGACGUAGAUCUCAGGUGACAAUUUUCACUGCGCGUGCAUAUGGGGUCAGCGGAUGCCGCCCGAUGUGCUCAACAAACGGGACGAUGGAUGAUAAUUCGCUUCUUAUAACGGGUGGAAGACGUGUUAAAGGUGCAAGCACUGAAAAUAGCGAUUUAAGAAAGCAACAUUUUGUAAGUUUGCAGCUGGUCCUUCAACACAACUCGCCUAGGCAGUGGUUUUUAAAUUUGCGCACUUCCCGGCGAUUAAUUGUGAAUCGUUUACCAUUUGUCAAGUAGGUAUACGCUUGCCACAUAUCUUUGUAGCCCCGCUUCAAUGUUUUUGUUCGACUGUUUUAGGGAUCUAAGCUUCCGAAAUCGUGUUGAAUGAGGCAUGUUGUAACAAUAAAGGACUAUAUGUCAUGUUGCAUGUUGUGA